AAAAAAAAAAAAAAAAAAAAAAAAAAAACUUGGCUAGAAUAAUGAUUGGUCUUGAUGACGAGUUCCAGUCGAGGAUAUUGGGAAGAGAACAACCUUGCAGCAAAAGGAGAAAUAGACUCAUGGGCGGGAACCUCUGAAGAGAGAGGAAAGGGGUUGCCGAUUAUUUUUUACACCGAGAACAAUGAAAUUUUGAAAAAAAGGGCGUGCAUAUAAAACGAUUUUUUUUCUCUUAAUCACCCAUCGCAUCCACCCCAUCGCAGUUUAUCAUCAUCCUAUUCCCCGCUAGUUCAACUACAGUACUACCCUUACUCACAGUGAUUCUCACCAACCGUCCUGAUGACAAUUGCAUAUCAGGGCUGGGUGUGCCAGUACACGCCCUCACGACGAUUGUUUCCCUGGAAAAGGCGCUAUUUUGUUCUCACCUCCACCGCCCUACUUGUUUACAAAUCAGAGAAGGCAAGCCAAGCCGCGGUCACUUGCGAAGGCAAUGCUACUGUAUGCUCGCUGGCCGAGUAUCAGUUUGUACAACCGUACAUCUGUAAACGUUCGGCUCAUGCCAUCAUUAUGGAACCUCAGACGAUGGCUACCUGUUCCGCAGUGAUUUUUCACUGCAGUACCGGUGCUGAACAUCAAGAUUGGAUUGAGGCGAUUCAUCAUCAAAUUAUCAUGCUGGAAAGCAAAAAAUGGCGUCUUGGUGAUACAAGGAUUCAGACGGUAUCGCUGUUGGAUAAAUGGCUGGAUCAAUUCCAAAAAUCCAAUGAAAUGCAUUCGACGGCUCAACCUCAGGAAGAUCCCUAUGUCACGCUGAUUACCUCUAAAUCGGCUCCUUUGUCUCGUCCUCGAAGUAAAUCCGAAUCCAUUCACGGAACUCCGUUGUCAAUGAAAAUCGUCCCUCCACGGUCCACAAGUCUUUAUGGCAAUACUUCCAAAACGCGGCUGACCCCUUCCGGGGAUCCCAAGCAACGUCCUCAGGAACAACGAAUGGUGACUCGGUUGCAACGUCAUGGGUCGUUGACACUGAAAAAACGGCUGGUCCAUGACUUGGAUCAUUCCGAGUCCAUUACCAUCACCGUCAUCCCCGCCCCUUGGACCAUGCCUCUUCCACCGCGACGAUGUGCAACCCAACAAAAAAAGAAGACCAUGAAGCAUUCGGCCUCCACGGAUUAUCUCAAUAUCAAAGCUGUCGGCACCGCCCUUUCUUCACCCACUUUUGGAGCUGUUUAUCUUUAAUGCAGAAAAACACUCUCCUGUCUCUCUCUCUCUUUGUUGUUUUAUCG